GCCAUCAUCAACUUCACUUACCGUACAAAACUUUGUUAUUGUUUUCAUAGAUAUGCAAAUUAGCUAGUCUGAAUUGUUUGGCGAGGAGUAAUAUUCCUCAAGACAACUAUGAUUGGGGCACGGAUUUCCCUGAUUAGGGCAACUGGACGAACCUACAGUUCAGUUAACAUAAAUAGAUGUCUUUCUUAUCAGUUUUACUACCACUACCACUGGCAACAAGAUGUAACGGGGAGAAGUCGCAAUUGUGGAGCGGGAGGCGAAGCUGGAGUACGUGGGCAGCAGUGGACGAGCUCUCGGCAGGACAUCUCGAGGAGCUCCCCCGCCUUUGGUGGCCUGCGGCUGUGGAGCUCUCCGAGUUACAGACAGUAUAGCAGCGGCCGUCUCAUGAAUGGAUUCAUAGAAGACGAUCUACUUAAGAAAGACAUAUUGGUUGAGGGAGCAGAUGGUAAAUCGCCUCCUGUUAUUGACUUCAGCAAAGCAGAAAUAAUUUUUAAACAGAAGGCAACUGAGGAGCUAGCAAGGAGUCUGGUGGUGCUGCAAAUGUGCAGCUUCAACUUUUUUGUUGAUAAUAGUUUGAAGCUGAUGAGCUUAGGCCUUCGGGUCUUGGGUGAUACCCUCUUUUCAGCACUCAUGAAAGCAUCCUUCUAUGGCCAGUUUGCUGCAAGUCCGCAGUCCGUCACCCAGGUAGCCAAAAAAUUCAGCGAUGCCGAUAUUGCCCCCAUGCUUGCCACAACCGCUGAAGAGAAAGUGGGAGACAACCCAGAUAUCAUAAAUGAGGCAAAGUAUGAUAGGAAUGUAGAAACAAUGCUUCUGUGUCUGGAUAUGCAGCUUGAAGUUGCCCGGCCCAAUCAACCAAUCCUCUCUCAACUCAGAGUGACAUCGUAUAUCAAGGCAGAUCUUUUGGCCAAACUAUCGGAUAUUCUUGCAACCAUGGAUAACAACUUCUUGAUGGACAGCCCUGUUUGUGUUGCUAAUUUUAAGAAUGGUCUAGAUGGCAACUUAAUGGAUAUACCAGAGUUAACUGAUGCUGAGUUAACCCAUCUCAGGAAUGCCCUUAAAAGAAUGGAUGUUGUUCUACAGAGAGCUUUAAAGAAUGGAAUAAAGACUCUGGUAGAUGCCGAGUAUGUGUCUGUCAAUCAAGCAAUGUCACUGAUAACACUCGCUAUGAUGAAGAAAUACAACAGCAAAGAACCACUGGUGUGGAAUACAUAUCAAUGCUAUCUAAAGGAGGCUAUGGCGAACAUGAAGAAGGGCUUGGCAGUCGCAGAUGCAGAAGGGUUUAAGUUUGGAGUGAAGGUGGUAAGAGGGGCGUACAUGGAGUAUGAAAGAACUACUGCUAGGUCAGAAGGCAAGCCAGAUCCUGUGAAUGCUACCUAUGAAGAUACCAAUAACAUGUACAAUGACGUGGUGGCCCAUCUUUUAGAGCGCAUCCAUGAACGUGGCAGCAACACUAUCAACCUUAUCAUUGCAACACACAACAUAGAUUCAGUCAGCAAAGCAAUGAAAAGGAUGUGGGAACUAGGCCUAGCACCAAGAGAAGGUAGUGUGGUCUUUGGUCAGCUAAUGGGAAUGUGUGAUCAUGUAUCUUAUGGACUAGGGCAAGCUGGUUACCUGACAUACAAGUCCAUUCCAUUUGGAAGCAUAGAAGAUGUGUUGGCCAACAUGUCCAGACGAGCACAAGAGAAUAAAACUGUCUUCCAUCGAUUGGAACAAGAGAAGAAAAUGCUCCGAAAAGAGAUCAGCCGUAGAACUUUUUCCUUUGCUAAUAAAUGAAGUUGAUAUGAUUUCAUGUUACAUGGCCUUUUUGUAAUACAUUUUUCUAACACAGGUUAAGGUAUAGUAGCAGUAUAUAUAUAAUUUUUUU